AUGAUUUCUUUCUUGAAAAAAAUUCUUCCCAUCUUACUCAUUAGUCUUCUAUUUGCUCAAAUCUUUCAAGUAGCGCCCCUCCCUCUCGCUCUCCCUCCCUCCGCUCUCGCUCCUCCCUCCUCCCUCGCUCUCCCUCCCUCCCUCCUCCCUCCCUCCUCUCUCUCCCUCCCUCCCUCUCUCUCCUCCCUCCCUCUCUCUCCCUCCCCUCUCGCUCUCCCUCCCUCCCUCUCGCUCUCCCUCCCUGGGAUCCCCUUUUUCUUCAUGACUCUUCCUCCCCUCUCUCUGGUUCUCCAGUUUCCCAUUUUUCUCCCUCAACAAUCGCUUUCUCGCUUUCUGGGAUAUUCUCUUUCUGGUUCUUGGUCCAGUUUCCCAUUUUUUUCCUCAAAAUUUUCAAGUUAUGAGGUCUCUUUCUCUCUCUCUCUUUCAAAGGUCUCUCUGGGUCAUGUUUCUUCAGGAUCAUGGUUCUCCACAUUCUUGGUCAUCUAUUUGCUCAAACUUAGGUCCUCUCUCUCUCUCUCUCUCUCUCUCUCUGGGAUGCUGUUUUCUUACUUUCUUCAUUUAAUUCAUUAUUUGCUUUUUUUUCUUUUCUUUAAUUUUUCUUUAUUUCUUUCCUUUCUUUUUUUUAUUUAUUAUUUCCUAUCUUUCUUUAAUAUUUCUUUCUUUAUUCAUGAUCUGUCUGUUCUAGUCUUUUCAUAUCUAUCUAUCUAUCUAUCUGCGUGGGUGGGCUUUUUGUCAUACAUCUACUCCGGCGGGCUUCUCUCUCUCUCUCUCUCUCUCUCUCUCUUACUCUGA